UGUGUCGUUGAGUGAUCUCUCAGUCAGUAGCUGUUCGCAAGUUUCCUUGGAAGUUGUCCAAAGACAAGUCCAUUCCAACCCAAUUUCGAAAUGGAUCUCAGGAGCGCAUCCUUGGUCUUCCUGGUGGUAGUUAUGGUGCUAUCAUACUCCAUGGCCGCACCUCUUGAUGCAGAUAACGAUGAAGAAAUGGAGGAAAUCUUCAACUCGAUCUAUCAUCGCAAAUGCGUCGUAAAAAACAGAUGCGAAACCGUCAGCGGUCACAAGACGUGCAAGGACUUAACAUGUUGCCGAGCCGUGAUCUUCAGGCAUGAGCGCCCCGAAGUAUGCCGACCAUCAACCUAGACAGGAUUCACCAUUCAUGGGAAGAUGAAGCUACCCAUCUAGAGUGUAUUUAGAUCAGUGGCUGAAACCAUGGACCUAUACAUGCUGAAACCAAUGCUAUACUAUGUCAAACCGUCGUAUCUUGCGUAUUUCAUUUCUCUUUGGUUUUUAUAAUCUUUCAGUGUUUAUAUUCUGAAAUUUCGAAGUAUCCCUGAAAUCAAACAACUCAAUUUUCUUUUGCAAAGGCAAUAAACAAAUAAAUUGAUCAUUGUUUAUUUUCUUACAUAUACAAAACUAUACACCCCUUU